AUGUCUUUAUUUGGCAAGUUGUGAAACUUUAUAAUGUGGUGACGACAGCAUGACAAGUGAUGUACGUGGACAUUACUAUAUGGCUUAAGUACUGUGAGUCAGCCACAACACAGGAUGAGUCAAACUGCUGAUUUCUGGCUUUUAUGCCAAAAAAGAUGAAGUGGUUAGAAUUUCAUCCAGCAAAAAGUGACUGUCUGCGCUUGGACAAUGACGCCAACACUCCUAUUGUGGGUCCUCAUCCUAAAUGCCUCCCUCAAGCCCUCAGAAAGCCAUGGUCAUGAGUUCGAAGAGGUGAAGGACUAUGAGGUGGUUCGACCUGUCAGACUUCACACAGUUAGAAAACGACAUACGGAGCAUCUCAGGCCAGAGACUAUUAAGUAUGCAAUGACGGUGGGAGGAAGAGACAUUGAAAUGCAACUAGAAAAAAAUAAUGAGUUACUCACCAAAGACUACACUGAGACUUAUUACGAAAAAGACGGGACUCAGGUCACCACAACUCCGAAUGACAUCGAUCACUGCUACUAUCAUGGGAGGAUUGUGAAUGACAGCGAAUCAUCUGUUAGCAUCAGCACUUGUGAUGGACUCAGGGGUUACUUCAGAACGUCUGCCCAGAGGUACCUGAUUGAGCCCCUGUCUGGUGGCGACGAGGGGGAUCAUGCAGUGAUGACGUUUAAUGAAAAGAACUCCACACCACCUGCAGUGUGUGGUGUCACCAACACCAGCUGGAGUACAGACUUCGAACCACCAACAAGCCGCAGCCGCUCCAGAUCAGCGGGUACAUCUAUUGUCCAGCAACAGAAAUACAUUGAGCUCUUCCUUGUUGCUGAUAACCGUGAGUACCUGAAGAUGAAGCAAGAUCAGACACAGCUGAGAAAGAGGAUAUUUGAAAUUGUCAACUUUGUCAACAUGGCAUAUAAGCCCCUAAGGACCUUCAUUGCUCUGGUGGGGUUUGAGAUCUGGUCCAGUGGUGACUUGAUCUCUGUGACCCCCCCGGCAGGGGCCAACCUGGACGCUUUUGCGAAGUGGAGAAACUCUGAGCUGAUGAAAAGGAAAAAGCAUGACAACGCACAUCUCAUCAGUGGUAUUGACUUUGAAGGAGCAACGGUGGGAUUGGCUUUCAUUGGGACUCUUUGCUCAGGUCUCUCUGUUGGAGUAAUACAGGAUCACAAUGACCGCGCCAUUGCAGUGGGAGCGACACUGGCUCAUGAGAUGGGCCACAACCUGGGCAUGGACCAUGAUGACUCUAGCGCGUGUGCUUGUUCUGGGGAUAGCUGCAUCAUGGCUGCAGCACUCAGCUGGAAAAUUCCUCGGACUUUCAGUAGCUGCAGCAGCAACAACUACGAGAGAUACCUGACAAGCCGCAGCCCGAGCUGCGUGCUGAACAAACCAGACUACCGCAGUCUGGUGGCUCCCUCCGUCUGCGGGAACGGUUUUGUGGAGAAUGGAGAGCAGUGUGACUGUGGCACUGUGGAGGAGUGCACCGACAAAUGUUGCAAUGCCACCACCUGCACCCUGACGGAGGGUUCACAGUGUGCUGAUGGCGAGUGCUGUGAGAACUGUAAGAUCUUGCCUCGGUCCAGGGAGUGCCGCAGGGAGCAGGAUGAGUGUGAUCUGGCAGAGUACUGUGAUGGGAAGAGCCCCACCUGUCCUGAGGAUGUCUUUGCUGUGAACGGCCUCCCAUGUGACGGAGGCCUGGGAUACUGCUACAACGGCCAGUGUCCACAGAGGCCAAACCAGUGUGUCAAGCUGUAUGGAUCAAGUGCUAUAGAGGGCCGUCCGUCCUGCUAUGACCAGAACACCAGAGGAACCUACUUCGCCUUCUGCAGACGCCCCGCAAAGGACAACUUCAUUCCCUGCCAGCGAGAAGACAGGUUUUGUGGGAAGCUCUUCUGCCACAACGGUAAUGACAACCCAAACUACGGCCGCAUGGUCAGGGUCGGCGACUGCAAGGCAGCUUUCUUUGAAGACUACACCGAAGACUACGGCCAGGUGGACGCUGGGACUAAAUGUGGGGAUAGUAAGGUGUGCAGCCAGAAUGAGUGUGUGGAUCUUGAGACAGCUUACAGAAAUACAAACUGCUCAGCAAAAUGCCCAGGCCAUGCUGUGUGCAAUCACAGGAGUGAGUGUCAGUGUGAGCCUGGUUGGAUGCCUCCUAACUGCAUUUCAGAGGAUGAAACCUUCACUAGUCUUUCUACUGGAGCAGCCAUUGCCAUCGCCUUCACAGUUAUACUAGUGGUUUUAGGUAUCAUUGCUGGUGUGGUAGGGUUCAUCUGGAAAAAACGACAAAGUCCCAUUUUGCCAACCGCACACACCCAAAGUAAGAAGCCAGCAGUGGGCAGCUCCGCUCACCGCUUAAACAAAGGGCCAGUUCCUAGUCAACCCAUGCCAGUGCCACAGGUUGGAGUGCCAAAGCCCAAAGGAGCUCCACCUCCACCACCUCCAGCAGGGAACAGACCUAAACCCCCGAGCCAGAAUUACAUAGCUGCACGUCAGGCUCUGAGGCCAGUACCUCCACCAAAGGUCUGAUGUCCGACACACUGCCACAUGGACACUCACCUUUGUCCCCCAACGAAGACUGCUGGCAAUCCAGAGAAGCAGAGAGACGUCACGACUGUUCCCUCUGCAGUUUUCUUGCAGUGCUGUCUCAAGUGUGAUGGAGUGUUUGUGCCAGUGACGUGCAAAGUUCAGGAGGGACAAACUGGACUUUUGUUACUUGCAUGCCAUGCACUGAGGACUUGUUAUUACAGGGAUGAACUUUUUGUUUUUUAAGGCACUUUUUUAUUCUAUAGGGUUAGGGUUACUGCAACUACAAACCGCUCUGGCCCUGAACGUGAGCCAUAUCAUUUUAUACAUGUCGUUAUUCUGUCACAGCAACAGUACUUGAUAAUUGUCAUCAACAGUAGUGACAGUUUGCUAAUAUUUUAUAUUGGGGGUUUUUAACUCUCAAAAUGAUCCUGAACUGCUUUGAUUUACUUUGAUGUGAUGGACAGUCUGGUGCAUUGUAGUGCAAUGUAAUAGAAAUACUAACUCAAAGACAAAACAAACGCAGGUAGGACUGAAUUUACUCUGCCACUGGAAAGUUUUGCUAAAUCUAAAGCAAUGCUUUCAUUAAAAUACUGUAAAAUGAGAAAAUGUAAGAAAUGAAUAGAUUAUUGUUGGUAAUUUUUAGUUAUAUGUUUAUAAGAUAUAGUAGGUCUGUUAGAUUUUGUUUGAAAGCAUGAGCAGCAGCACUUUAAGAUAAGUUUCUCUGCUGAGUGUCCUCAGAUCCCAAUUAGGAGCUCCUAAUUAAUGCUGUAUUAAAAGCAGGCAGUUACAUUUAUAUACAGUAUGUUAGACAACGACAGAAUCCAGCGUUAAGACAAAUAUACGUUGUCUGCUAAAGGUUCAAGGUCAAGGUCAUUUCCAAUUAAAUAAAAUGUCAUAGUCACUUUUAUGUUCUAAUGUUAAGGUGCUUACAAUCAGCACACUGCUUGAGUUUUAACCAAAACUUUUGACAGUGUCGGUUGUACCUUAUUAUUACUAAUUUGGUUUACGUAAAUAGAUUAUUGCAAAGCACACUUGUCAUAUUGCUGCUUGUCUCAAGUGAGUUCACUAUGUGAACAUGUACAUAAUGUAUAAAACAUAUUGGGAGCUCAAUACCCAGGUUUCACAUUCAGUACUGACAAGAAGAUGGUGUUUGUUUUUUAAAUACUGCACGACUUUAAACAGCAGCCUAAAUGUUGUAGCAUUACUAACCAACACCUUGUAGCUAGUGAACAGUGAGGAUACCACGCUGCAGAGAGUUCAGCGACCGAUUACUGUAUACAUGUCACAAUUUAGCCAAGAUCUGAAAAAAACAAAACACCAUGUUCCUGUCCUGUGUUUAAGGAGGCUGUGAGCCAGAUGGUAGUAAUCUUGAUGUUAGAAGGCCUUUGACUGAAUAAUACUCUGCUUUAACAUCCUGCCCUUAACCCCACACUCUCCUAGUGAAAGGGGUGGAACUGCACUGGGCAAGAAUGUCUAUGAUGCAUCACUGAAGUUAUGAAAACAGAAAUGCUUAAAAUAAAUGAAUGGAAAAAAACAAAACCAAAAUCUUAAAGCUGCACUUAAACUUAAACACAUUAAUAAACUUAGAGCUUAUCAAGUU